CUCCACCCAUCACCUUCACAGAAAAGUGUAGGAGAAAGUAAAGUCAGUAAGCUGGAGACUGCUGGAAAAGGAAGGGUGUAAAAUGGAAAUUUAUAUGUGAGGUGCACGCUGGAAACCUCUGCAAACACAGACAUGGUCUAUUUGUGAAGAAAAGGAAACCAGAGGCGGACUUACCAUGAUGCCGGUUUUGUACCUCACACUCCUUAUCUCGUCAGUUGUUGCCAACCCUUGUGUGCGGCUCUCACAGGGCAAAGCAGAUUGCAGCAACAAAAGCCUUCAUCAUAUACCCGAUUCACUGCCUCGUGACAUACACUCCUUGGACCUAUCACAUAACUCCAUUCAAAUCUCCCAGCCGUUCCCAGAAUCCUUCCCACAGCUGCUUUCCCUGAACCUCUCCAAUAACGCACUGAAUUACUUAUCAGAUGGAAGCUUUCAGAACUUGCCUCAACUCCAAACCCUGGAUCUGAGUAGCUGCAGCAUUUCCAAUCUGUACCACAAUGCAUUUAAAGGACUGGGUAACCUUCAAACACUCAUUUUAAGAAACAACAGCUUUAGGACAAUCAAUUUGGAAGGCCUUACAUCACUAACAUAUUUGGACCUUAGGCAAACACCACUAAUAUCAGAUCACUCCCAAAAACUCAAGAGAAAUAACCUUUUCCAGCUAUUUUCAAACAGAAGAUAUUGUGGCUGCUCCUCAGGGGAAUUCCUCCAGAAAGAAGAACAACAAGUCCCUGGUUUGUUCUGUCUGUGUCCUGUACUGCUGAGGGGGAAGGACCCUGAGAUUCACAUUUUUUGGGUCUCCAAAUCUGAGGUCAGCAGACGUUUUAUCCGUGACGUGAAGGAAAACUCCAGUAACGACACGUUCAACAACCUUACAUCUAGUGCUCCCUCUACUGCUGGGUCAAAUGGAAGAAGUUGGCCCUAUCUCGUUGGGUUUGUGUUGAUCGCCAUCUGUGUGUCCAUUCUCAUUGCUGUAGUUGCCAAAUGCAAUCUCUUCCACCAAUACUUCAGGAGCUAUCGCCAUCGCCCCUUGCCAGACAGUGACUGGAUGAAUCAGUCUCAAGGUGAACUUCCUGGGGUUCCACUGCCCCCCGCUGAAGAUGAAGAUGGAUUUAUUGAAGAUAAUUAUAUCCAGCCAAGUGACCACAGAGAAGAGGAGGAUGAUCAGGACAGCAUGUAUACGCUGUGAUGGGCACACUAAUGUUAUAGAAAAAGAAGACAUUUGUGUUUGUGCAGCGGCUACUGCUUUAUUGACAAAAUGUCAUUUUCUGAUACCUUUAAAUAUCACUAUUACAUAAUUGCAUUUUUUUAUAUAAUUAUUAGAGUCAUUUUUUUCUAUUGGAUAAUAAAUAUUUAGUUAAAUCUAAAUACAACAAGUAACAAGCUGAAUUUUAAAGGCACAUGGAAAUUAUUUGUUAAAGGGACAUAGUCAAAAUUAAAGCGGUAGUAUUAGUAAACAAUACUUUAUGUAAAAGGGGGGAAAAAGUUUUUUUUGUUGUUGAUUUAUAUCUGAAAAAAACAUUUUCUUAUCAUUUAUAAAUCUUUGCAAGUAUUUUAAUUUUUACUCAAAUAUUCCUGGCCCCGCCACCUGAACCCCUCUAAAUGUACUUUUUUUAAGCUUCUAGAUUUUCAGUCAGUGGGGGUUCUAGAACAUAAUAUUUAGGGGGUUAAAAAAGGUGGAGAAAAAGUUGAAAGCCAUAGCACACAUAUGUGCUGCUCUUCACAUCCCAAGAGGGGUCCUACAUGUGCGUUUGAAGGUGCAUAGCACCCCCAUAGAACCUCCGCUGUGUGCAGUCUGCACAUCCAAUCUCUCUCUGAGCCAUACAGCCUAUUAUGUUUAAUAGCGGAAUGCUCCUGACCUCCAGGAGACAUCUGGUGUAUACAUGUUCAUAAGGAAUUUCCUGGGACUCUUUCAGAUGUUAUCUAUGUGCACUCCAAAUAAAUAGCUAAUCACGGUAACUAUGCCUCUUUACCAUCCCUUUAAAUUUUCAUUAUUCAGCAAGGAAGAUCAAUGUAUCCUUGUGUGGGCAAACAAAGUUCCCAAACAGACAUACACUGGCCGCAUUUAUCAUCACACAAGCAAAGAUGCGCAGUGCCGCCCUCUGAUCUCAGACAACCAAUCACAUGAGAGAAGGAACUGUCAGUCAGCCCAGUCAGAUCCGUCGGAGGGAUUUUAAUCCACCUCUUCCGAGGUGGUGUAGCGGUUAAGAAAUGCUGCUUUUUAACAAUAAGUUGUAGGUUCACUCAUGCAACUGGCUCAGAAGAUGCCUCCUUAGCUUGAUACAAUAAAAAAAACUUUAUGACUUUC